GUAUUAUAAUCUGAAUUACUCGCUAUCAUGUUUGUUUGAAAUUCGCACGUUUCUUAUCACGUUAUCAACACAUCAGCUGGUCAAAAUGAUCUUGAAAUUGAUCAAUCACAACUUUGACGUCAUGGUCAUUCGUAUUUUUAAGCCAACUCUCGAAUAGGUUAAGUCUCCCAAUUAAAAGUUCUGUCCUCCUCGUUCAAUUGAAGUUUAAUUUCCUUAAAACCAUGGCAAACAUUAUUCCAACAAUGAUAAGAAAGUUUGCAAAUCCUAAGGUGAUUUCCUCGCUCCCAGCAGCCACAGUGGCUAGAAGAACUCACUUCACGUAUGUUGCCGAUAAGGAAGCACCCGUGGAUGGGCCUACGACGAAAAUGAAUAUGUUCCAGGCUAUCAACAAUGGAUUGGAUUUAGCCUUGGAAGUGGAUCAAUCAGCCUUGCUGUUUGGCGAAGAUGUUGCCUUCGGAGGAGUCUUUCGGUGUUCCAUUAAUUUGCAGAAAAAAUACGGCGCGGAUCGAGUGUUUAACACGCCACUUUGUGAACAAGGAAUUGCAGGAUUCGCUAUUGGUGUAGCGAAUGCUGGAGCAACAGCUAUCGCCGAGAUACAGUUCGCUGAUUAUAUAAUGCCUGCAUUCGACCAAAUUGUCAAUGAAGCAGCAAAAAUGCGUUAUCGAAGCGGAAACCUUUUCGAUUGUGGCUCAUUAACCAUUCGUGCUCCGUGUGGAGCAGUCGGCCAUGGUGCCUUGUACCAUUCGCAAAGUCCAGAAGCAUAUUUUGCACAUACUCCUGGAUUGAAAAUCGUCAUUCCACGUGGUCCUAAUAAAGCUAAAGGGUUGCUGCUGGCAUGCAUCAAGGAAAAGGAUCCAUGUUUAAUAUUCGAACCGAAAACUUUAUAUCGUGCUGCAGUUGAAGAGGUUCCCGUUGCACCUUAUGAAUGCCAAAUAGGAAAAGCUGACAUUCUACGUUCGGGAGCGGAUGUAACUUUGGUUGGAUGGGGAACUCAAGUGCAUGUUUUACUAGAGACCGCUGAUAUGGCUAAGAAAGAACUUGGAGUUAAUGCUGAAGUCAUUGAUUUAGUAUCAAUUCUACCUUGGGAUAAAGAAACAAUCUGUAACUCUGUGAAGAAAACUGGUCGUGUUAUCAUCGCCCAUGAAGCUCCGAAAACAUCCGGAUUCGGAGCAGAAUUAGCUGCUACUAUACAAGAGGCUUGCUUUUUACACUUGGAGGCGCCAGUGCAACGUGUAACAGGAUGGGACACACCAUUCCCUCAUGUGUAUGAGCCAUUUUACUUGCCUGAUAAAUAUCGCUGCUUGGAUGCCAUUAAGAAAGUAAUCAAAUACUAGAGAAGACCUUUUGGAAAUUGUGACAAGGAACGUAACGGAUGCAUUUAUUUUGAAUAAUUUUAAACUUAUGAAACUUUAUUAAAUGGGUAAAGCAAUAUUUUUUCUCAAUGUAUAUAUUUUUCCUAGGAGACGGCCAUAGCCCGCAUUACAAAUAAUAAAAUAAAA